AACCUGAACGCUUCGUCUGAACCCAAAAGCCUCGUCUGAACCCAAAAGCCUCGUCUGAACGUCUGAAAGCCUCGUCUGAACAUCUGAAAGCCUCGUCUGAACAUCUGAAAGCCUCAUCUGAACGUCUGAACGCCUCGUCUGUGUCACAGGUGGCGCCCUGCUAGCACACCUACGCGAUGUUGGGACAAACGGGAAGUGGAUGUUUCAGAUUUAAGAAGUGUCGUGUCAUCUUUUCUCCUCUAGCUCCUCCCUCCCUCCAUUACUCAGCAAGCAGUAGGAGCAGAAAGUAUGGGGUGGAGCAGGGGGCGGGGCAGAUGAGCUCAGUUCAGAUUAACUGUGUUCUGAAGGCCAACGAAUACAGCCACACCUUCCUGAAAGGCUCCUCCUCCCAUGGAAUUCUGGGUUUCCAUAGUAACAUGUUGCUGUCCAACCACCCUGGUGAGGACCGUCGGAGCAGUGCCACCUGCCUGCCAAGCGGUGCGGUGCUGCUGGGAGUAUUUGACGGCCACGCGGGGGCAGCGUGUGUUCACACUGUCAGUCAGAGGCUCUUUUAUUACGUCAUUGUGGCGAUGCUGCCACUGAAGACGCUGGCCGAGAUCGAACGGGCUGUGGAGGAGGAACGGGCUGUACCGCCUCUGCUGGAGUGGCACAAACACACACAGGACCACAGCUGUCCAGAAGGAGGAGCCACCUCCUUCCACAGCCUCCGCAACUACUGGCAGGAGCGUCUGGACGAAGGACUGGACCUGAAUCUGGAUCUGGACCAGGAGGAGGAUGGUGACAGAGUGACAUCAGCACUGACAAACGCAUUUCGUCGCCUUGACUACGACCUGUCUGUGGAGGCACAGGUCCACCUGUCUACACAGGUCCACCCAUUCAUGUCCUCUCCCAGACGGGCGUCUCUUACUGGGGAGGCAUGGUCUCUAUCUUCCCCCCUUCGGGUGGCACUGUCUGGCUGCACCGCCUGUGUCACUCACAUCUCUGAUGGCAUCCUGCACGUGGCAAACCUGGGUGACAGUCGGGCCGUCCUGGGCGUCCAAGAGCCAGAUGGCCGCUGGUCAGCUGUCAGCCUCACCAACGAUCACAACGCUCAGAACCCUGAUGAGCUGCAACGGAUCUUGGGAGAACACCCUCCGUCAGAGAGGAGGACGGUGGUGCGUUAUGACCGCCUGCUUGGCGUGCUGCUGCCCUUUAGGGCGUUUGGAGACGUUCGCUUUAAGUGGAGCACAGAGAUGCUGAAUCAAGUUCACGAGACUCGACCAGACGUCCUGUCUGUGAUUAGUGAGGCAGUUCGGACACCGCCACAUUACCUGACCCCGCCCUACCUGAGAGCCGAGCCGGAAGUUACUCAACACCACAUCAGACCUUCUGACAAGUUUCUGAUCCUGGCGACAGAUGGACUCUGGGAGCUGAUGCACCGACAGACCGCGGUCCAGCUGGUGGGAGAACAACUGACUGGUCUUCAGCAGCAGAGGCCAGUCAUGCCCGGUGUGGGCAUGACGCUCGGUGGCCUGCAGCGCCUCCUGCUGGAGAGGAGGGGCCGGGUAAUAUCGGUGCUGGAGGAUCAGAAUACUGCCACCCACCUGAUCCGUCAUGCCCUGGGGGAUGAUGGGUACGGAGCAGUGGCACCAAACCGCUUAGCCAAGAUGUUGAGUCUGCCGUCAGAGCUGGCCCGGAGGUACCGCGAUGACAUCACCAUCACUGUGGUGCACCUGAACGAGCCCGACACCUGAACAACACCUGAACGAGCCAGAUACCUGAAUGACAUCCUGAACAAGCCCGACACCUGAAGAACACCUGAACGAGCCAGAUACCUGAACAACACCUGAACGGCCAGAUACCUGAACGACAUC